GUGGGGAGUGUGUUGUGCUCGACGAACGCAGCAGCACAGCAAAUCAAGUGGCGAACCCGCACGCAGCAGCAUUUUGUUUUCGUGUGUGUUUUCGCAGUGACAUUUUAAGUUUGUCCAGUUCCAGUUCCAGUUCCAGUUCCAGUUGCAGUACCAGUUCCAGUUCGAGCUUGUGGUCAGGCUUGCCACCAUGAUGUUGCCCAGAGAUCUAGCUGGUCUCUCGGGUGUGCUAGGCGCAGUCUAUCUGUUUGCCAGCGUUGUGUCCUUUGCGGCGGCAAAGGAAUGCAACACAACGCUGUGCGACUGCAAGGGCAUCAAGGGACGCAUGGGCGAUCUUGGCUUGAAGGGCGUGCCCGGACGUGAGGGCGCGCCCGGCGAUAUGGGUCCGUUUGGACCGCCCGGACGUUUCGGCGAGAAGGGUGAUUUCGGCGAAUACGGCGAACAGGGCGAAAAGGGACAUCGGGGUGAUGCUGGACCGCAGGGCGAGACUGGUUUUCCGGGCGCACGCGGCUUUCCCGGCGACGAUGGCACUCCCGGACCGCGCGGCAUCGAUGGCUGCGACGGUCGUCCCGGUGCCCAGGGCGAUGCAGGUAAGCCGGGUGAAAAUGGUGCUCGUGGACCCAUGGGCAAGCCCGGUUCCCCUGGCUCCCCUGGUGAUGCCGGCGAGGGCGGCAUCAACUCCAAGGGCACCAAGGGUAAUCGCGGUGAGCUCGGACCAGAUGGCACCGAUGGUCAGCCGGGUUUUGGCGGCGCAACCGGACACAAGGGCGACAUUGGCUUCGCCGGCAUUGAGGGCAGAAAGGGCGAACAGGGUCCUCAGGGCUACAAGGGUGAAAUGGGCGUGCCUGAGAGCUAUCCCAUGCUGCAGGGCGUCAUGGGCGACAAGGGUGAGCCCGGCGAGGGUGAACCCGGUGCUCUGCGCUACGAUGAAACCCUGAAGGGCUACAAAGGCUAUGCUGGGCCACGUGGUGAGCGCGGACCACCCGGCAUAUUCGGCGAGCCGGGACAAUUUGGACGCGAUGGCUUGCCAGGCAUCCGAGGCGACCACGGCGAGCGCGGCGACCGUGGCAAGCCCGGUCGUGAUGGUCCCCAAGGCGGACCCGGCGAUAAGGGCGUUAAAGGCGCUCCGGGCUACAAUGGUGACGAUGGUGAAGACGGCCGGCCGGGUGAGCGCGGCGAGGACGGCUUCGAUGGCAUGCCUGGUAUUCAGGGUCCCGUCGGACCACCCGGUAUUUACGACCCCACCUUGGAUAGGUCGCUGCCCGGUCCGAUUGGACCGCAGGGUGACAUCGGACCCGUUGGAAACCCCGGCUUGAAUGGCAUUCCCGGCAAGCAAGGACGUCGCGGCCCUCAGGGUCCGCCAGGCCCGCCUGGAGAUGAAGGUCUCAGUGGCAACCGUGGUCCACCCGGACGCAGCGAGAAAGGCGAGGAGGGUGACUACGGCCUGAUGGGUCCACCCGGCCCACAAGGUGCACCCGGCGUGGCUGGUCCUCCGGGUCGUACUGGCUACCAAGGCAGCCCAGGCCUCAACCUGUACGGACCAAAAGGUCAAGCUGGCCAAAACGGAAUUCCCGGCGUCGAUGGCUAUCGUGGCGAUCGUGGAGAUGUCGGCUUGCCCGGUGACAAGGGCUUGCCAGGUGAAGGUUUGAACAUUGUUGGACCACCCGGCUCUCAGGGUCCGCCCGGAAGACGUGGCAGACCCGGUAUUGACGGUCGUCCCGGCCUGCGAGGAUUCCCCGGUGACAAGGGUAUACGAGGCGAUGACUGUGGCGUCUGCCAUGCCGGACCGCGUGGCCUCAAGGGCCUCAUGGGCGAUGCUGGCUAUCCGGGCGAGCACGGUGCACGCGGCAUGAGCGGCAUCACUGGCGCACGCGGACCCAAGGGUAUCAGGGGUAAGCCUGGCUUGCGAGGAUUUAAGGGCAUGAAGGGCUCAGCCGGUAUUCCCGGUGAGGUGGGUCGCCCCGGCAAGCAAGGUCCACCCGGCAAAAUCGAGUACAGCGGCAGCCAAAAGGUGACGGAAAAAGGCGACGAUGGCGACAAUGGACGACGCGGCGAACAAGGUGCCCAGGGUGACAGGGGCGAGGAUGGAUGGAACGGCAUAAGCGGAGCCAAGGGUGAACCGGGUCUUCGUGGAGACUUCGGUGACGCGGGCCGACCCGGCUUAGACGGUGCACCAGGUAUCAAUGGCCGCGACGGUAAACCAGGUGCUCCACCAACCACACCCAAGUUCUAUUUAACCGGUGAGCCCGGCUACAAUGGCAAAAAGGGCGCUCCUGGUGAUGUGGGCAGUGUCGGUCUUAAGGGUGACAAGGGUGAGCCACAUCCCGGCGAAAUAAUUGAGAACCGUGGCGAGCCUGGAGAUGUUGGCUAUCCCGGCGAGCCUGGCUUCCGCGGACCAAAGGGCGAGGCUGGCGAGCCCGGCCUUAAAGGCAUAAUGGGCGAUAUGGGCAUUCCCGGCGAAGUCUUCGUGGGACCACCUGGAGCCAAGGGCUAUAAGGGCGAGAAUGGCGACUAUGGACUACAUGGCCUGCCUGGUAAGCCUGGUAGAGACGGUGAGCCCGGCCUGCCUGGCGUGACCGGCGCCAAAGGAUUCCGUGGUGAGCCUGGCCAAUAUAUUCUGCCUGGAGAGAUCGGCGUAUCUGGCCGACCAGGUAUCAAGGGCAUAAUUGGUGACGAGGGACCAAUCGGCUAUCCCGGUCCCAGGGGCCGACCCGGACCGAAGGGAAGCAAGGGCGUGACAGGUGAUGACGGUUUGAUGGGCCUGAAAGGUCUGCCUGGCAACAAGGGACAGCGUGGCGACAUUGUGGUUGGACCUCCUGGCCGACAGGGUGAGCCUGGUCGCUCGGGCAGCGUGGCCCUGCACGGUGUUAAGGGCCAAAAGGGUGAGGUCGGCUACCCCGGACAAUUCGGCCAGAAUGGCGCCAAAGGCAGCAUUGGAUACCCAGGACGCGCCGGACGAGUUGGCGAUCCAGGUCCAGCUGGCUACCCCGGCGAACCGGGUCCCUCUGGUCUGGCUGGCAUUCCCGGCGAACAGGGUGAUCGCGGCGACAUUGGAUUUGAUGGACGAACUGGCGAUCUGGGCCCUCGCGGCGCAGUCGGUGAUUUUGGACUUAAAGGUCUUACCGGAGACAUCGGACCUUUCGGCUACCCCGGUGUGCCUGGCAUGCCCGGCAUCAAGGGCGAGCAAGGUGAUCAGGGUGUGUCGGGACGUCGCGGUGCCAAGGGUGUGUCCGCCUACAGCGGCAUCAAGGGUGAUCAGGGUGAUGCCGGCUGGCAGGGCCCACCUGGUUUCAAUGGAGCACCCGGCUUCAAGGGUGAGCGUGGUGCACCAGGUGAUUCACUGCCCGCUUCAGAUGGUCUGCAGGGCUUUAAGGGCGAGGUUGGUGCGCCCGGUCGCAACGGAUUACCCGGCUUGCAUGGCUUGAAGGGAGCACGCGGAGAGAUUGGAUUCUUUGGCCAGCCUGGCAUGAUCGGUGAUCAAGGCGAUGAUGGUGUCCCUGGUUACCCCGGUCGCCAUGGUGCUGCCGGACUCAAGGGCGAAGCUGGUCAAGUCGGACCCAUGGGCUCACCCGGUGAUUUUGGAGAUAUCGGCGAUGUUGGCUACCCAGGCGCCCCAGGAUUACAGGGCGACGAAGGACUGCCUGGUGAAUAUGGUCCAAGCGGCAAUACGGGUGAAACCGGCGAAAGGGGUGACAUCGGUGAUGUUGGUGAGGUCCUCUACCUGGGCAACAUAGAAGAUACCCGCGGUGAGACCGGAGAUCAUGGACUAGCAGGCGAGACAGGCCCGACGGGAGAGCCCGGCAUGGUCGGUGCCGCUGGCUACCGUGGUGCACGUGGACAGCCCGGCGAUAUCGGGUUCGGUGGUCAGCCUGGAUUUGAUGGCCAGCCAGGACCUAAGGGCAUACAGGGCGACAAGGGCUUGCGGGGCGUUCCCGGUGCAAGGCUCGUUGCCGAACGCGGUGACGAAGGUGACCAAGGCUAUGAUGGGCUUGCCGGACGUCCCGGUCGCUACGGCCAGAAGGGAGCACCCGGUGAACAGGGCGAAUAUGGACUAAACGGCGCGAUCGGUCCCCAGGGUCCGGUGCGCAUCGGUCCCGCCGGUCCACCCGGCGAUUUUGGCUAUCCCGGACCACCCGGACGCAAUGGACUGCACGGCCUGACUGGACCAAAGGGCGAGCGCGGCAAUACCGGCCGAAAGGGCGAACAGGGUGAAGCUGGCUUUGCCAUCUGGGGCAGACAAGGUGACACAGGCGACCGAGGUGAGCAGGGUGCACUCGGCUAUGAUGGCGCCAAGGGCGAACAAGGCUUCAGCGGACGUCCAGGCCGCACCGGUUUCAUUGGCCCGCGCGGACCACGCGGCCCAACUGGCGACGCCGGCUGGAGCGGUAUCGACGGCGUCGACGGUCUGUCCGGCCAAAAGGGUGAAGCUGGUGUCACCUACUCCUACACGUAUGCCCGUCCCGGCGAUCGUGGCGAGCCCGGCCUGGAUGGCUUCAAGGGUGAGCAGGGCGACAUUGGUGCACCCGGUCUCCUGGGUGCCAUCGGUCUGCGCGGCGUUGCCGGAUAUCGUGGUGAUGCGGGCGAGAUGGGCUACCAAGGUCCGGACGGCAUUCAGGGCCAACGCGGCGACAUGGGUGCAAUUGGCUUGACUGGACGCGUCGGCGCUCAAGGCCAGACCGGUGCGCCGGGUGACCCGGCGCCACCGCCGCCGCCGCCCAAGAGCCGCGGCUUCAUUUUUACCCGGCACUCGCAGUCCGUACAGAUACCCGUCUGCCCGGCCAAUACGAACAUGCUGUGGGAGGGCUACUCGCUCUCCGGCAAUGUAGCCAGCAGUCGCGCCGUCGGCCAAGAUCUCGGCCAGUCCGGCUCCUGUCUGAUGCGCUUCACCACGAUGCCGUACAUGUUCUGCGACUUCAACAACGUCUGCAACUAUGCCCAGAACAACGACGACAGUUUGUGGCUGUCCACCGCGGAGCCCAUGCCCAUGUCCAUGACGCCGAUUCAGUCCAGAGACCUCAUGAAGUACAUUUCCCGCUGCGUCGUGUGCGAGACCUCAACUCGAGUCAUUGCCCUGCACUCGCAGUCCAUGUCCAUACCCGACUGUCCUGGCGGCUGGGAGGAAAUGUGGAGCGGCUACAGUUACUAUAUGACUACCAUGGAUAACACGGGCGGCAUUGGCCAAAAUCUGGUCUCGCCCGGCUCCUGCUUGGAGGAGUUCCGUUCCAAUCCCGUCAUCGAGUGCCAUGGCCAUGGACGCUGCAAUUACUACGAUGCGCUGGCCUCCUUCUGGCUGGCCGUUAUCGAGCAGCAGGAUCAGUUUGUGCAGCCGCGCCAGCAAACGCUCAAGGCCGACCAAACCAGCAAGAUUAGCAGAUGCACUGUGUGUCGUCGUCGUGGCGACAGCUUCUUCACAGUCAAACGGACUUCCUCAACAUACAGCUCCGGCUCCGGCUCCGGCUCGGGCUCGAGCUCUUGGUCGUCGUCGUCUUCGGCAGGAGCCAGAGCGCCAGCGCCUUCCCCCUACUCCAGCUGGUCGGGUGGCUAUCCGAGCAUCGAUUACCGUACGGCACCGCAAAUAGUACGUCAGCCGCAGCCGCAGCCACCGCCGGCCAACUACAACCGUCAGCCCAACUAUCGGAACCCCUAUCAAUACGCCGGCACGCGCCAAUAUCGUCGGCGUCCGCGCGACGACACCUACGCUCCUUAGAUGCACAGCUCCGUUUACGUACUAAGUAGCAGUUAAAUAAUAAAUAAUUAAGUCUAAGUCGCUAACACAAAUAGAAACCCCUUCCCCCUCUCUAUAAAGCCCCAAGAUCUGUGUUUGGGAUGCAAUCUAAUCUAAUCUAAUGUCGAAACAAAAGUGAGCAAAAAUACCAACAAAUAAUAUUUCUAGUGUAGAGCGAGGCGAGAGAACAACAACAACUUCCACUGUCAUAAUCCACUGCCCCCCCACCCCCCACACAACAUGAUGUAAUCCAGCUCUUGAAUUUUCCUCUAAAGGAUUACAGCUUAACACAACACACAACGCGAAACAAAACCCAGUUUUUGAUAAAUAAAAAUUUACAC